CAGAUUGUCAGUCUUUGGUGGGUUGAUAUAAAAGGUAGCAAGUGAUAGAUGGUUCAGAGUUGUUUCUGAAGCUAAAAUACGAGAUGUUGGCUAUUUUCUGGCUGCUCGUUACAGUCGGUUCUGCAUUAGCAGGAAGUGACGACGAGGCUGCAAAGAAGCUACUUAAACAGACACCUGAAGUUCCGGCCAUACCCACAAAGAAUGGCCAGUAUAUUUUUGUGCCAAAUCCAAACUCAUCAGGCUCAUCACAUUCCCCUAGUUCAUCUAAUCCUUCAAACCCAACGAGUUCUUCAACAAGCCCCGUAGUAGCAGGAGGAAAGACCAAGUCUUGUAAAAACCAGUUAAAAGGAGUCAACAGGUCUGGAUUCGAAUAUAGCUGCGUCAAAGAUUUAGGCAUAUCUGAAGGACCACUAGACGACAACGCUGUCAAUACCAUGAAAUCAUGGAACAUUAACGCAGUUAGAAUACCCUUAAACGAAGACUGCUGGCUUGGUUUGAACAAUUUCAAAGCCGAAUAUACUGGAGAUAAAUACAGAAACGCAGUAAUCAACUAUGUAAAACGUCUAAGACAAAACAAUAUCAAAGUGGUCUUGGAUCUGCACUGGACCGAUGGUAUUUACAAAGGCGAUGGCCAGGGAGAAUGUGUUGAUGAAAGAGCCAAGUGCCAGAAACCGAUGCCAGAUAGACUGAACGCUCCCACGUUUUGGAAAUCUGUUGCUAAUGAAUUCAAGAACGACAAUGGAGUAAUCUUUGACCUGUUCAACGAACCGUUCCCUGAAAAGGUAAUGAACGACAAAUCUAAAGCUUGGCAAUGCUGGAGGGACGGAGGAAACGCAUGCACAGGAUUUGCAUAUGAAGUUGCCGGAAUGCAGGAACUGGUAAAUGCAGUGAGGAGUACGGGAGCCAAGAAUCUUGUAAUGGUCGGUGGAAUAGCAUGGGCUAAUGACCUUUCCCAAUGGCUAACCUACAAGCCAAAUGACGAGGCCAACAACAUGGCGGCAGCUUGGCACAGUUACGACCACAAUGCGUGCAACAACCAGAACUGCUGGGAGUCUACAGUAGCGCCGAUAGCUGAGCAGUACCCGGUGAUCGUCGGUGAGAUUGGGGAACACGGAUGCACACAUAACUACAUUGACAAACUGCUGAAGUGGUUGGAUAGUAAGAAUAUCAACUAUAUAGCUUGGGUUUGGAACACUUGGGACUGUUCGUCUGGACCUGCCUUGAUCCAGGAUUAUAACGGAACUCCAACAAACUUCGGAGUCGGUUACAAAGAACAUCUUUCAAAAUCUACUUGCAAUGCCUAAUACAAAACCGAAGAUUAUGACUCAUGAUAAUAAAACAUGUGGAGAAAUGAAGCAUACACUUCAAUGUAUUUGUAAAAUAAAGAUAUCUUAAGUGUUAUAA